AGAGAGUUUUACUCUGGCUGGCGUAGUGUGUGAACUAGAAAGGUUUAGUUGGGUUGGGAAAAACUUCCGAAAAAAAGGUGUGCAAAAAUCCACUUAUCGUCGCAAAAGUGUACGGAAAAGUGCAGCUUAUCGCGGCCCAGCUUCCAACUGGAUCGAAAAUCGCACCCGGAAUCGCUAGCAAUCGCGAAUUUUCUCUUUCUCCCUCUUUCUGUGUGCGCGUUGCUGCUGAGGAGCAGGGGCGCUCGCGUUCGGCCAACAAUCGUCGCAGUAGUCGUCGUCGCCUUCGUGUCAGCGCCACACCGUGUUCGGUAGUCGUGUCCGCCGUCGUCGUCGGGUGAAUUAAAAUUUUCAAGUGUUUCACACGGGGGGAGAAGUUUGUGUCCGUCGCCGCGAUCGGGAAACGGUUCUGCUGACUCCCCGAAGCCUUCGAGCGUGUGUGCUGGUGGUGCUCGGCCCCACCAAACUUCGUCGUCGCCGCCGUUGUUCCCGAAAGUAAAGGAUGGACUCGGAAAUUCCGGAACUUUCCGACGAAGCCGAAGAACAUGUCAAACUCGAAAAUGGCGAUGAGGUCGCACUGCCUCCGCGUACCCGCCUCGUUACGGCCGAUGUCGGGUCGGGCAACACGGUCGUCCAGGUGCCGGUUUCGAUGGGAACCCUCAUCGGGGGCACCACCUUCAACGUCCUCACGCCGGACCAGAUCCAGCACUUUAAGCCGAUGAUAUGCGUGGACAACAACGGUUUCGUGUCGGCGGGCAGCACGGUCGUCGGCGAUCUGACCGGUGACCUCAAGCCGACCCACAUCGUGAUCCAGCAGCAGCAGCAGGGUGGAACCGACCCGAACCAGCAGCAGGACGACAGCCUGCUCGACCAGGGUCAGUCCCAGUCGGCCACCGAGUAUCGGCUCGAGACGAACAAUCUCAUCGACCGGCUGAGCAACAUUGACGUGCUGCCGGUGCGCUGCAAAACGACCACCGGUGAGCUGUACAAGAGCCGGCUCGGGUCCGGUGGACGGGGCAAGUGCAUCAAGCACAAGGACGGCUGGUACACGCCGAGCGAGUUCGAGAACAUUUGCGGGCGGGGCUCGAGCAAAGACUGGAAGCGGUCGAUCCGGUACGGCGGCCGAAGUCUGCAGGCACUGAUUGACGAGGGCAUCCUGACACCGCACGCCACCAGCUGUACCUGUUCGGCGUGCUGUGACGACGACUCCGGUAAGUUUACCCAACCGGCGUCCGGUCCCGUACGACUGUUCACUCCGUACAAGCGGCGACGACGUAACCAGAUCGAACCGGAACAAGCGGAGAAGAAGAAGCGAAUAAUUGUAAAUAACAACACUAACACUAGUAAUAACAACAACAUCCACAUCAACAACAUCAGCAACACGAGCACGACAACGACGGCUUCCGUGGUGAACCAGCAGCACCAGGCUACUCAUCAACAGCAGCAGCAAACCACCGCCAUCAGUCAUCACCAGCAACAAGUGCAACAGCAGCAGCAGCAGCAACAACAAGUGCAACAACAGCAAAUCCAGCAAGUUCAGCAACAAGUACAGCAGCAAGUGCAACAGCAGGUACAGGCCCAGCAACAGCAGCAGCAACAACAGGUGCAGCAACAACUCCAGCAGGCAGCGGCGGCGGCGGCCGCCGCAGCCACCAUCAACUCGUCGCCGUUGAUGACCAACAACACGAGCACGACCACGACGACCACCACGGUCAAGGUGGUCCAGCAGGAGCAGCAGGAGAUCGAAAAUGAGCUGGCGAUCACCACCAAAGAGGAACCCUGGCAAGCGCUCACCGAGGGCAUCGAAAGUGCCACCGAGUACGUCGACCAGACGACGCAAAUGAUUGCCGAAUCGAAUCUUCCGUUCGAGAAGAUGAAAGCCCUGUGCUCGCAGGUGUCGAAGGCGAUGCAGGAGCUGAAGAAGUGCAUCGGCGAGGCGCGCGACGUGCACAACCACCAGCUGGACCGGUUGCAGCGGGAACGGGACGCCGCCAUCCUGACCGUGACGCAGCUCGAGGAGCAGAACAACAUUAGCAGUCAAUUACCGCCCGGGUCCGUUCAUGCGAAUAAGAAGUGCGCCAACUGCAACCGGGAAGCGCUGGCCGAGUGUUCGCUGUGCCGGCGGACGCCGUACUGUUCGACCUUCUGUCAACGAAAAGACUGGAUCACGCAUCAGAACGAGUGCGUGCGGAGUACGCAGGAGGCCACACACCAGAUCAUGCUGAUAGUGGACGAAACUCAAUAACCUUUAAUUUUCUAAUUUGCGACCAACAACAUCAGCAACGGUUCGACGUCGAAGAGACGUCUCUCAACGCCGUUACAGCUCAUGCGCUCAUGUACUACUGAAAAAAGAGGAAAGAGGAAAGUUUGGAACGUUUCUCGUCGAAGGUCGCAAAUUGGGAAAAAAUAUUACCUACAAAAGUGUAACAACAAGACCAACACCCCCACAAACAGACAACCCACGCGUGUUGCCACAACGCGUACUCGUUUAUGGAAACGGUUUAUUUUUAUUUUAUAUUUAAAUAGCGAAAAUCUGAGAGUUUUGUUUUUUUUUAUUAACGCGCGGAUGUUGGUUCGAACUGGAUUCACUCACCACGAGAAAGGGACUUACUAGUAGGCUCGAAAGGAGCGCUACCAUGUUCGUAGUUGAACUUUUUUUUUGUUUUCAUUUUACUAGGCAAUUGCGGAAGUACAUAUAUUUAAAGAGUAAAGUGUGUAUUUAAGGAUCGAAGAAACAUUAUUUAAAACCAGAAACAAACCUUUAAUAAUAAGAGAUGUCAACUCUUAAA